AUGGUCCCCCGCAAGAAGUAUGUCCUCAGCGACUUUCAAAAGUUUUCCACUGGGAAACUUGCGACCACUUUCGCCCGCGUUGCCGACAUUGGCCAUUAUGAGUUUGUGGAGAAGAUGUAUGUGGACAAGAAGAAACGUACAAAGCGCUGCCAAAUGGUUCUAGUGGGUCAUUCCUGGCGCAAACGUAACGGCCCUCCAGUCUGGGCCCAUGCGACAGCUCAAAUCAUACGUUAUUAUUCGGGAACUGGUGUCGAAGUCACGCCUCUCCUGGAUAUCCAUUCAUCCAAGAUCUACUAUGACCCUCCGUUCAGCUACAUGGGAUGUACAGACAACGAGACUCUUUCUGCGCAUGCUAUGGCCCAGCAACGAAAACUCGACCGUGCCAGGGUGGAGGCUGUCAUCCACUUCAUCUUCCUUGCAAGUGGUAGAGUGCAUCGCUCCUUGGACGUUGAUAAUCCACAUCUGCUGGGCAAUUUCGAGUCCGCUCUUACGACCUUUGCCCACUACCUGGAGACACGUGGAAAUGUCAAAUUGAUUCUAGACAACCAACCUUCUACGUCAGCGGAAGAGGGAAGCCUUGUUCAGAACAAAACGAAUCUACAGAUAACUCAUAAGACGACCAGUGAGAAUGCGGUAUCCCAAAGCAGAUCGAUUGCCGUGAUCCCAAAAAAGCGUGCAUUUAUCGACUCGACGGAUGACGCCUCAGAACUGUCGUAUCAAACAAUCAACAAGCGCGCAUUUCUGGCACAGUAUCUCGAAGAACACGCCGAGUUAGAGCAAAGAGUACGAGACCUAACGGCUGAACUCCAAGAACGCGACACCAAGAUCAAUACUACCGAGGCCCAACUCAGUCGCGAGAAAACUAAACACCAGAAAUUACUCGAUCAGCGCAAGAAAUGGAAAGACAAAUACGUCAAGCAGCGACGUCUCUCAGCAGAAGCGACCAGCACAGUCGAGGUUGCGAAGCAAAAGGAAGAGAACAUAGAUUGGAAGGCCAUGCUGCUCGAGCAAGAGCACAAGACAGAAGAGUUCAGACUCAAUUGCAUUGCCCUCGAAGAAGAAAAAAAGAAACUCCACGCCGAGAUCAAGACCCUGAAAACCAAAACCACCAGACAAAGGAAGACGCUCGCACGAUGCCAAGCGACUGCGCUGGAGAUGAAUGUAAAAGAGGCAGCGUGGAAUGAGGCGGCAAAAAAGCAAGCAGACGAACUUGCAAAGGAAAAGGAAGCGAGAAUCUUCUGGCAGCAAAAGCGCAGAGGACGGACUGGCCUGCGACCUCCAACCAUCCCAGCAGAUGAAGGCGACGAUGUCGUAAAUAGGGCGUUAGUACGAGCCAAAUACAGCCAACAAGACGUCAAAGCACUCCAAAACGCCUAUGGUGCACAUAUAUAG